GUACCUGAGACGGGAACCUGUGGAAUAAUCCAGAAACUGUUUGGCACUGCUGGAUCAUUCUCCUCAGUGAGUUUGCUAGUAAUUGCUAGAAACGAAACGUCAACUUUAGUUUUUUUUUUUUUUUCACUCUCUGUAUUUUCCUGAUAGCAACUGCUUUGGAAAUCUGCUGACGGUAUUUUUAAUUGGACCGCUGGUCGAGGCAGUUGAAACUGACGGGAGAGGAUUGGCCAGCAUCGCUCCUCCUGUGUUCUAGAGAGUUCGGAGUGGGAAUGAUAUUGAGGAGGGCCGCUCCCACACACAUACACACACACUACUGACUGAUACCGGGGAUCAGGACCCGUCACACCCAGUCACUCAGGGCAAAGGCAACCUGCGCCACAGUAGGAAAACAACAGAGGUGUCCAAAUACCUUAUUCUUGGAAGAGGCCCAUGCUUUCCUGUCGUUCCUUGUUAAUGUAAUAAAGGCACUUAAUACCAAGUUCUCAGAAAGGAGGAGGCCUAGUAACAGGAACCAUGUCCAAGGGACCAGCAGUUGGUAUUGACCUGGGCACUACCUACUCCUGUGUAGGAGUUUUUCAGCAUGGCAAAGUGGAAAUCAUUGCCAAUGACCAGGGAAACAGGACUACACCCAGCUAUGUUGCAUUCACUGACACAGAGAGGCUAAUUGGGGAUGCAGCCAAGAACCAAGUGGCCUUGAACCCAAACAACACAAUAUUUGAUGCCAAACGUCUCAUUGGACGCCGGUUUGAUGACAGCGUUGUCCAGUCAGACAUGAAACAUUGGCCCUUUACAGUGAUCAAUGAUGCUUCACGACCCAAAGUAAAGGUGGAAUACAAGGGUGAGGCCAAGACGUUUUACCCAGAGGAGAUCUCCUCCAUGGUGCUGCUUAAAAUGAAGGAGAUUGCAGAAGCAUACCUUGGCAAGACGGUAACAAGUGUCGUAGUGACUGUGCCUGCCUACUUCAACGACUCUCAGCGCCAGGCCACCAAAGAUGCAGGGACCAUUUCUGGGCUUAAUGUCCUUCGUAUCAUCAAUGAGCCCACCGCUGCUGCCAUUGCCUAUGGCCUGGACAAAAAGGUUGGAUCAGAGAGAAAUGUUCUCAUCUUCGAUCUGGGCGGCGGCACAUUUGACGUCUCGAUCCUGACAAUUGAAGACGGCAUCUUUGAAGUGAAGUCCACAGCGGGUGACACUCACUUGGGCGGUGAAGACUUUGACAACCGCAUGGUGAACCACUUCAUCUCCGAGUUCAAACGCAAGUACAAAAAAGACAUUAGCGACAACAAGAGGGCGGUGCGGCGUCUGCGCACGGCAUGUGAGAGGGCCAAGCGCACGCUGUCAUCCAGCACUCAGGCUAGCAUUGAAAUUGACUCUCUGUACGAGGGCAUCGAUUUCUACACCUCCAUCACCAGAGCCCGGUUUGAGGAGCUGAACGCAGAUCUGUUCCGAGGAACCCUGGAGCCUGUGGAAAAGGCUCUCCGUGAUGCCAAGAUGGAUAAGGCCCAAAUCCAUGACAUUGUGCUAGUGGGGGGUUCUACUCGUAUUCCUAAGAUCCAGAAGCUCUUGCAAGAUUUCUUCAAUGGGAAGGAACUCAAUAAGAGCAUUAACCCUGAUGAGGCAGUGGCCUACGGUGCAGCUGUGCAGGCAGCCAUCUUGGCAGGUGACAAAUCUGAGAAUGUGCAGGAUCUCCUGCUGCUGGAUGUGACCCCCUUGUCUCUGGGCAUCGAGACUGCUGGAGGAGUCAUGACUGUGCUGAUCAAGAGAAACACCACAAUCCCCACAAAGCAGACCCAAACCUUUACCACCUAUUCAGACAACCAGCCUGGUGUGCUCAUUCAGGUGUUUGAGGGUGAAAGAGCGAUGACAAAAGACAACAACCUCUUGGGGAAAUUUGAGCUCACCGGAAUCCCACCAGCCCCACGUGGGGUUCCACAGAUUGAGGUGACAUUCGAUAUCGACGCCAACGGCAUUAUGAAUGUGUCUGCAGUCGACAAGAGCACCGGCAAGGAGAACAAGAUCACAAUCACCAAUGACAAAGGUCGCUUGAGCAAAGAGGACAUCGAGCGCAUGGUCCAGGAAGCUGAGCAGUACAAAGCUGAGGACGACGUGCAAAGACAGAAGGUCUCUGCCAAGAACGGUCUGGAGUCUUACGCCUUCAACAUGAAGUCCGCUGUGGAGGAUGAGAAGCUAAAGGGCAAGAUCAGCGACGAAGACAAACAGAAGAUUUUGGAUAAAUGUAACGAGGUCAUCAGCUGGCUGGAUAGAAACCAGACAGCAGAAAAAGAUGAGUUUGAACAUCAGCAGAAAGAGCUGGAGAAGCUGUGCAACCCCAUCAUGACCAAGCUGUACCAAAGUGCAGGUGGGGUUCCAGGGGGCAUGCCCGGCGGCUUCCCCGGGGGUGGUGCUGCUCCUGGAGGAGGAGGAUCCUCCGGCCCCACCAUCGAGGAGGUCGACUAAGCCGCAGCUUGAACAGAUGUGCAUGAGCCUGUUCCCUUUGUUCUUGAAACGUUCGUGUGAGAGUAACACCAUUCAUGUUAUCGCAGCAUUAUGUAAAUACUCAAAACCAUUAACUUCCAUUCUCUGUUGACUGUUUUGACUUUUUUCUUCUUCUUCUUCUUGUUUUUUACUUUGUUUUGUAUGCCAGGCUUAAGGCUGUAUAUGCACUGUGACUUUAUUGAUUAACAGUUUCUCUUGGAAGUGAAGUUCCUUUGAGUUUAGUUCACAUUUGCAUUCCCAGUGUUUUUCUGGGUUGAUAUAUGAAGCUAAAACUGUUGUUUAUUGCACAACGAUUAGCUAAAUUAAACCAAAUGAAAUAUUU